UACACAAAAACAUUCAUUUCUACCUCCUAACAAACAAUACAAAGGAAAACUUCUCAAUCUCAUUCUUGCAAAUCGGAAAAAGAAAAUGGCCGCAGCCACUACACAAGCCUCCAUCGCCAUUCUCCGGCCGUGCUCAUCCAAAACCCGGUUCUUAACUGGCUCAUCCGGAAAAUUGAACCGGGAAUUGUCUAUUAGGCCCGCGGUCUCAUCCUACAACUCAUCACUCAAGGUUGAAGCCAAGAAAGGCGAAUGGCUACCCGGAUUGCCCUCUCCAACUUAUCUCGACGGCAGUCUCGCAGGAGACAACGGGUUUGACCCGUUGGGACUCGCCGAGGACCCAGAGAACCUUCGUUGGUUUGUCCAGGCAGAGCUCGUUAAUGGGCGGUGGGCCAUGCUCGGUGUAGCCGGAAUGUUGCUCCCGGAAGUCCUGACCUCGGCCGGGCUCAUCAACGCCCCAAAGUGGUACGAUGCUGGGAAGGCCGAGUACUUCGCCUCGUCAUCAACACUCUUCGUGAUCGAAUUCAUCCUAUUCCACUACGUCGAGAUCCGGAGGUGGCAAGACAUCAAGAACCCAGGAAGCGUCAACCAGGACCCGAUCUUCAAGAGCUACAGCUUGCCCCCGAACGAAGUCGGGUACCCGGGUGGCAUCUUCAACCCCCUCAACUUCGCCCCGACGCUCGAGGCAAAAGAAAAGGAGGUUGCCAACGGGAGGCUAGCAAUGCUGGCAUUUUUGGGAUUCAUUAUUCAGCACAACGUGACCGGAAAAGGGCCAUUCGACAACCUGUUGCAGCAUCUGUCUGAUCCAUGGCACAACACCAUUAUUCAGACAUUCAAUUAAGGGGUGAUUUACAUACACAUGAUGCAAUGAAAGAUUAUGGAUUUUUUGCUAAUGUUAUUUAAAUUUGUUGAUGCUUUGGACUGGGAUUUGAUUCGAAUUCGUUAGAUAUCUAUUGUACAGGACGAGAUCAUUGACAUUUCUUGAAGAAAAACAAUGUUUCAUUCAUUGACUAA